AUGACUCAAGUACCAACACAGGAACCGAGCAAGGCACAAUGUUCUAAUGGCAAUGAUGCAAAAGCAAAGAAGAACCCUGGAAAGGCAUCGAAUCGACCAAAGAACAACAACUUUCCAGCCAAGCUCCACACAAUAUUGAGUACGCCAGAGUUCAAUGACAUUAUUUGCUGGCUCCCCCAUGGUCGAGCUUUCCGAGUUCAACAACAAGGAAAGCUGGAGUCAGAGGUUCUACCAAAAUUCUUUCAGCAUCAAAAGGUUGCUUCGUUCUAUCGACAGGUUACUGGGUGGGGCUUCAAUCGGAUCACAAAAGGGACUGAUUUCAACGCAUACUACCAUGAGCUGUUUCUACGCGAUGCCCCGGAAUUAUGUAACAGGAUGAAACGACCUACAAGGGCAGAGCUCGCAGAACGAAAGAUUGACAUAUCGAAAUCACCGCCAGAUUUCUAUGCCAUCCCCCAACAUUCAGAUACCAAGAAUAGGAAAAACGACGAGGAGACUGUAGAACACUCUUCGGCUUCCGAACAUGACAUGACCCUGGACGAUUUCAAGGACAUGCUAGUGAGACGAUUGUCGACAUAUUCAUCUAGCGAAAUGGGCCAGUAUUUGCAAUUUGAAAUGAAUAAACUGGAGAAGAAACGGGCGGCCAUUCUAGAGUCACUGAAGGAGUUGAAUGGUUCCCAAAAUCGUUCUACUUCCGCACCAGCGCCACCAGCAAUUCGUCUGCAACCAACACCCGAACCACAGCAUUCGCGACUAAACAACCUCCAACAUACGAUGCUUCUCGAUCCAGUGCAAUUGGCCCAUCUACAACUAAUGCAAAGCCGAAAUCUUCGAACAAGCCCGUUGCAAGCAAUGUCACAGAUGGCUCUGGCAAACCAUCUGCUGAGUGGAACAUUGGGAUCUGAACAACACUCUUUCAAUCGGCCAUGUUGA